AUGUUGGCAUUCCAAAGCCGAUUGAGGCCAGUACUUUGCAAGCUCGGUGGUGUUCAAGAGAUCACGGCAGCAAUUGGAGUUCUGAAUCCUAGUAGAACUUCGGUCUUUAUUGGUAUCACUGCUAUUGCUGCUAAUAGCUCUGGCACUCGUCUCUUUCAUCUAUCAGCGGCUUUGUAUUCAGUGUCAGGUAUCAGACAGAAACCACCAAAAAGUAACAAACAGGCAGCCCAACCUAGUCUGAGACAUGUUCCAACUGGGACUGGGGGCAGAAAACAAGGGAAUACGGAUACUCGGACCAUUCGUACGCCUAUACAACCAGAUCAUAACAGUCCUUAUUAUGAUGCCGACACAAAUAACAGUAGUGGGUCUCUGAGGACUUGUACCACUGCAUCCACCUGUGAACAUUAUGAUUUGGCUAUGGCAGUAGAUUUGUUCUAUAAGAUGGGGUUAAGAUCCGCCACAGUUCUUCUACCAGGUGAGAUGGUGCAUGUUAAAUAUCCAUUCAGUACUGGUAAAGUUGCCGAUGUAUUGGUUUUAUCUAAUGGUACAGUAGUAGCAUGGGGCAUGAGUGAAAGUGAAGUUAUGGAUCAAUUGGUGCCGGUAUUAGAGAAGGCUGAAAUACGUCAUUACAAGGUCGCAGAGACAGAAGAUAUGGAUUAUGUUGAAGAAGUAGACCGAGACUCUGAACAGCGUCCUGCAACAAUCGCUACAGAUGAAGGUUCUUCUGAGACCAGAAACAGUGACAGGGACAAUGUGAAAGCAUCAGCUAUACCCAAUAAGGGAGAUAAUGUACCAGACCCUACUCCGCUAAACCAGUUUCCUAAUAACUCAACUCAGCAUGUAUCACAUCAAAACGCUGGUCAAACAAGUACUAUGGUAGGUGACGUUAUUUAUAUUCGUGGUGAGACCUCCAUGGCUCGCUUACUUGACAAAGCUGCAUUCUCUUCCGGGCUGGCUAGAAAUACAAAGCUGGCGGCUUUGGAAAUUUCAUUAGACAAUUACAUCAAAUCCAUCAAGGAACUAUCAGACAAUCUUGCCACAGGCCGUAAAAUAGAGCUUCGUGGCAGCGAGGUACUACAGAUAACCGGAAAGCUCUUACAAAUCCGGGGCCAUCUGAAUCUCUAUUCAGAGCUCAUCGAGACACCUGAUUUAUACUGGUCCGAGCCCCAGUUAGAGCAGCUGUACUCGUUGAUAUCACGCAAGCUAGACGUCAGUCCCCGUAUUGCUAUUUUAAACAAGCGACUUGACUAUGCUAGUGAACUUGCUGGAAUCUUAAAGAGUCACAUCAGCGAGGAGCAGAGUACUCGGUUGGAAUGGAUGAUUAUCAUUUUGAUCACCGUAGAAGUGUGCUUUGAAAUCGUCCAUUUUUGCGAAAAGUACUGGCCUCUCUAG